UACCUAAUGAAAGAAAGCACAGAAAACUUUUACCACUGUAUACAAGAAUUACAUCUUUUAUAAAUAUAGUCAAAGAAGACAAAUUUUUUAAACUAAUACUCCAACUUUUUAGAAUUUUUUUCUCCAAAUAUGGAAUAUUUUAAUACUAAUAAAUUCUUUAUGACAGCUCUAGGACAUUGGCCUUAUCGUAGCCAAAUUUUAAAUCGACUACUACGUAUUUUAUUUUUCAUUCUUUUUCUAUCAAUAGAUUUACCAAUAAUGUCAUCAUUAUAUGUAGCAAAAGACAAUUUUCAUAAAUUUAUUAUAUGCAUUCCAAUGUGUAUAUCGUGCGUUGAUGUUUUAGUGGCAUAUAUAUUUUUCAUUGUCAAAACGCCAGAUAUACUAUUUUUAUUAGACAAAAUUUCUGAACACUUUAAAGAAAUUGAGCCAAUUAAAAAAGAAUUUUUUAUUCUUAAAAAAACAACGGAAGAGGGAAACGUUAUAAAUCUAAUUUAUAUGAUUUAUAUGUCAGCGUCAAUAGUUCUUUUUUUUACAGUAACAUUAACGCCACAAAUUCUUGACUAUUUCUUGCCACUCAAUGAAACAAGGCAAAAAAUUUAUGCUGUUGAAAUGGAAUAUAUUUUUUUUGACAGAGAUGAUUAUUAUUGGUUUGCUUAUGUACAAACUUUAAUUUGCGGUGGUUUUUCCAUUUUUACCCUCACUAUUUUUGAUAUUAUGCUAUAUUCUUUUAUACAACAUGCUUGUGGAAUGUAUCGUGUUUUAUGGUUUCGCUUGGAGAACAGUAUAAAUAUAAAAGAAACAACUGAUGAGAAGAUGAUACAAAAAAAUGUUGUUGAUUGCAUUUUAUUACAUAAUAAAAUACUUGAGUAUGUCGAAAAACUCGAUUUAUGUUUCACAGAAUGUUUGUUUAUCACUUACGGAUGUAUUGUACUACUAAUGACAUUUUUAGGAGCAAUGAUUGUAUUAAAUAAAAGUGAAAUGGAUAUUGUAACAAAAUAUAUUGCUUUUGCUGUUGGUCAUAUAAUUCGUCUUCUAUAUCAAUGUGUUCCUGCACAAAGACUGAAGGAUCAUAGUUUAAUUAUUAACGUUAAUCGAUAUGCAUCUGAUUGGUACAAAAUGCCUGUGAAAGUUAGAAAAUUAUUAUUACUAAUAAUGAUGAGAACUUACAAAGAAUCUAAAUUGUCGUGUGGCAAAUUUUUUACAUUGUCUAUGGAAACUUUUAGCACGAUAUUAAAAACAAUUUUCUCAUAUUUAAGUGUUUUACUUUCUAUGACCAGUUAAGCUGAACAAGUGACUUCAAUAAGAGAAAUUUAGUGGAGGGGUUGAGGAGACAAUUACCAAUCUGAACUCCAAUUGUUAAUAUUAUGUUUAUACUUUGAUUUUUUUUAGAUAAAUAGUAUAAAUAAAGAGAUAAAUGUAUGUUUUUAAAUGUAUGUUUAAUACAUAUUAAAUGUAUGGGAAUUUAAAAUUAAAAGUACUAAAUAAUUUAAACCAAUAACUACACAAUUUCAGGGAAUUGUUUCUUUCAGUUGCUGAUAACAAUUUUCUCUUAUUUAAGGGUCAUUCUCACAAAAAGGAGAAAUGACACGUUUAUGACAUUAUUUUUAAUAAAUAAUUAUAAUAAUUGAAAAUGUUGCCGGCCUAACUAUAGAAGUCAACAGGAUUUAAUUUGAUUUCAUAAAAAGAAAUUUCAAAUAAUUGAAUAUAAUCAUGUUUAUAAAGUGUAAAAACUCCCCUUCGUUACC